AUGGACGUGGACAUGGACGUGGACGUGGACGUGGACGUGGACGUGGACGUGGACGUGGACGUGGACGUGGACGUGGACGUGGACGUGGGACGUGGACAUGGACGUGGACGUGGACGUGGACGUGGACGUGGACGUGGACGUGGACAUGGACGUGGACAUGGACGUGGACGUGGACGUGGACAUGGACGUGACGUACGUGGACGUGGACGUGGACGUGGACGUGGACGUGGACAUGGACGUGGACGUGGACGUGGACGUGGACGUGGACGUGGACGUGGACGUGGACGUGGACGUGGACGUGGACGUGGACGUGGACAUGGACGUGGACAUGGACGUGGACGUGGACGUGGACAUGGACGUGGACGUGGACGUGGACGUGGACGUGGACGUGGACGUGGACGUGGACGUGGACGUGGACGUGGACAUGGACGUGGACGUGGACGUGGACGUGGACGUGGACGUGGACGUGGACGUGGACUUGGACGUGGACGUCGACGUGGACGUGGACUUGGACGUGGACAUGGACAUGGACAUGGACGUGGACGUGGACGUGGACGUGGACGUGGACGUGGACGUGGACGUGGACGUGGACAUGGACGUGGACGUGGACGUGGACAUGGACGUGGACGUGGACGUGGACAUGGACGUGGACGUGGACGUGGACAUGGACGUGGACGUGGACUGGACGUGGACGUGGACGUGGACGUGGACGUGGACGUGGACGUGGACGUGGACGUGGACGUGGACAUGGACGUGGACGUGGACGUGGACAUGGACGUGGACAUGGACGUGGACAUGGACGUGGACGUGGACGUGGACAUGGACGUGGACGUGGACGUGGACAUGGACAUGGACGUGGACGUGGACGUGGACGUGGACGUGGACCUGGACGUGGACUGGACGUGGACGUGGACGUGGACAUGGACGUGGACGUGGACGUGGACGUGGACGUGGACGUGGACAUGGACGUGGACGUGGACGUGGACGUGGACAUGGACGUGGACAUGGACGUGGACGUGGACGUGGACAUGGACGUGGACGUGGACGUGGACGUGGACGUGGACAUGGACAUGGACGUGGAUGGACGUGGACGUGGACAUGGACGUGGACGUGGACGUCGUGGACGUGGGACGUGGACGUGGACCUGGACGUGGACCUGGACGUGGACGUGGACAUGGACAUGGACGUGGACGUGGACGUGGACGUGGACGUGGACGUGGACGUGGACGUGGACGUGGAAUGGACGUGGACGUGGACGUGGACGUGGACGUGGACGUGGACGUGGACGUGGACGUGGACGUGGACGUGGACAUGGACGUGGACGUGGACGUGGACGUGGACGUGGACGUGGACGUGGACGUGGACGUGGACGUGGACGUGGACGUGGACGUGGACAUGGACGUGGACGUGGACGUGGACGUGACGUGGACAUGGACAUGGACUUGGACGUGGACGUGGACGUGGACAUGGACGUGGACAUGGACGUGGACGUGGACGUGGACUUGGACCUGGACGUGGACGUGGACGUGGACGUGGACGUGGACGUGGACAUGGACGUGGACGUGGACGUGGACAAGGACGUGGACGUGGACGUGGACAUGGACGUGGACGUGGACGUGGACAUGGACGUGGACGUGGACGUGGACAUGGACGUGGACAUGGACGUGGGGACGUGGACGUGGACGUGGACGUGGACGUGGACAUGGACGUGGACGUGGACGUGAACGUGGACAUGGACAUGGACGUGGACGUGGACGUGGACGUGGACGUGGACAUGGACGUGGACAUGGACGUGGACGUGGACGUGGACAUGGACGUGGACAUGGACGUGGACGUGGACGUGGACAUGGACGUGGUUGUGGACGUGGACGUGGACAUGGACGUGGACGUGGACGUGGACGUGGACGUGGACGUGGACAUGGACAUGGACGUGGACGUGGACGUGGACGUGGACGUGGACAUGGACGUGGACGUGGACGUGGACGUGGACGUGGACAUGGACGUGGACGUGGACGUGGACGUGGACGUGACGUGGACAUGGACGUGGACGUGGACGUGGACGUGGACGUGGACGUGGACGUGGACGUGGACGUGGACGUGGACGUGGACGUGGACGUGGACGUGGACGUGGACAUGGACUGGACGUGGACAUGGACGUGGGGGGGGACGUGGACGUGGACGUGGACGUGGACGUGGACGUGGACGUGGACGUGGACGUGGACGUGGACGUGGACGUGGACGUGGACGUGGACGUGGACGUGGACGUGGACGUGGACGUGGACGUGGACGUGGACGUGGACGUGGACGUGGACGUGGACGUGGACGUGGACAUGGACGUGGACAUGGACGUGGACGUGGACGUGGACAUGGACGUGGACGUGGACGUGGACGUGGACGUGGACGUGGACGUGUACGUGGACGUGUACGUGGACAUGGACGUGGACGUGGACGUGGACGUGGACGUGGACGUGGACGUGGACGUGGACUGGACGUGGACGUGGACGUGGACGUGGACGUGGACUUGGACGUGGACAUGGACAUGGACAUGGACGUGGACGUGGACGUGGACGUGGACGUGGACGUGGACGUGGACGUGGACGUGGACAUGGACGUGGACGUGGACGUGGACAUGGACGUGGACGUGGACGUGGACAUGGACGUGAACGUGGACGUGGACAUGGACGUGGACGUGGACGUGGACGUGGACAUGGACAUGGACAUGGACGUGGACGUGGACGUGGACGUGGACUUGGACGUGGACGUGGACCUGGACGUGGACAUGGACAUGGACAUGGACGUGGACUGGAUGUGGACGUGGAUGGACGUGGACGUGGACGUGGACGUGGACCUGGACCGGACGUGGACGUGGACGUUUACGUGGACGUGAACAUGGACGUGGACGUGGACGUGGACAUGGACGUGGACAUGGACGUGGACAUGGACGUGGACGUGGACGUGGACAUGGACGUGGACGUGGACGUGGACAUGGACGUGACGUGGAUGUGGACGUGGACGUGGACGUGGACGUGGACCUGGACGUUGACAUGGACGUGGACGUGGACGUGGACAUGGACAUGGACGUGGACGUGGACGUUGACGUGGACGUGGACAUGGACGUGGACGUGGACGUGGACGUGGACGUGGACAUGGACGUGGACAUGGACAUGGACGUGGACGUGGACGUGGACGUGGACAUGGACGUGGACGUGGACGUGGACGUGGACGUGGACGUGGACAUGGACGUGGACGUGGACAUGGACGUGGACACAUGGACGUGGACGUGGACGUGGACGUGGACGUGGACCUGGACGUGGACGUGGACAUGGACGUGGACAUGGACAUGGACGUGGACGUGGACGUGGACGUGGACAUGGACGUGGACGUGGACGUGGACGUGGACGUGGACGUGGACGUGGACGUGGACGUGGACGUGGACGUGGACAUGGACAUGGACGUGGACGUGGACGUGGACGUUGA